AUGCUGGGAUUACUGUAAGUUUUAGCGCGAAAAUUUCGAAAUUCAAAUUUUUUUUUUUAGUUUUUUGCUCGCCACAACAACAACAACUUCAUUUGCACAAUUAUCGGUUUGUGAAAUCUUUUUGUUUUUUUUUUGAAAUUUAAUUGCUAUACGAAAAGCAUAAAGACUACUGUAGAUUUUGGCGCUAAAAUUUGAUCUACAGGGUAUACUGUAGUCAAAUUUUCGUUCCAAAAUCCUACAGUAAGCCUAGGCUUAGGCCUACAGUGCGUUUCACAAGUAUAGGUCCACCCCUGAAAUGUCUCAAAAUGAUCGUAACAAUAAUUUUCAAGUUGUAGCCCUUUAUUUUUCGAAAAAAGUACGUAAAAUUAGGCAUGUUUACCAAAUUGUAUCCUACUUGGACAUGUUUUUGAUUUUAUAUUCGAGAAAAACUGAAAAUUGGCUAUUUUCUGUGUUUCAAAAGUAUAGGUCCACCUAUAUCAACUAUGAAAUGAUGAUUUCUAACCUGGUUUUUUGUUGUUUAUUUUUUAGUUAGGAUUGCCCCAAGCCUGAUUAAAUCAUAUUCAACAAAUACAGUUUUCCAUUUCUGGGUUUCUGGAGCCAUUCCUGGUGAUCAGACCCACUUUGCUCUGUUUAUCAGACAACAUGGUUCAGUAUCCUUUCAUUUUCUAUUGAGAUCAUGUCAGAAGUAACUAAAAACCUCUUUAAUGUUGUAUUACUUAGUUUUCCAUUCAAUAAAACUCAAUUCAUCAAAAAUGGAGAUCAUUUCAGACCGAAAACUGUCAGUUAUUGUUUCAAAAUUCUGAAAAUUUCAAGAUUUUUCAGUGAAUACACCCAAGUUGUGUCACAAAACUUCAUAUAUUAUUUGUUAACACGGUUUCUAUGAUCGAUUAAAUUGGUUCCAUAAUUUUGAAAUAAACAAAUCUUGACUUCCUAUCGUGAUUGUGCGAAAAACAGGACUUGUAGCAUUUCGAAAUUUUUAUGAACAACUGAAUUUUCAUAUUAUUAUUCUUGAAACGAUUUUUGAUGAAAAGCAUACCUCAGAUCAGCUCAGAAACAUUGUUUACAACUAUUGAAGUUCAAAAAAACAAAUUUAAAAAACAUUUUUCAUGUUUCAGUACAUUAAAAUAUUUUUUGAGUUUUUCUGAAAUUUCGGAACUUUGUUCCAUUAGCUUGAUAGCAUCACAGAAAGUGUUUUUUGAGUUCUAUGAAAUUCUCGGUGAUAUUUUGAAUCAUGUGGAGACAUAGCAGUCAUAUCCAGUCACAAAAACGGAAUAAAAAUGGAUGAACUUGGGUGUAUUCACUGAAAAAUCUUGAAAUUUUCAGAAUUUUGAAACAAUAACUGACAGUUUUCGGUCUGAAAUGAUCUCCAUUUUUGAUGAAUUGAGUUUUAUUGAAUGGAAAACUAAGUAAUACAACAUUAAAGAGGUUUUUAGUUACUUCUGACAUGAUCUCAAUAGAAAAUGAAAGGAUACUGAACCAUGUUGUCUGAUAAACAGAGCAAAGUGGGUCUGAUCACCAGGAAUGGCUCCAGAAACCCAGAAAUGGAAAACUGCAUUUGUUGAAUAUGGUUUAAUUAGGCUUGUGGCAAUCCUAACUAAAAAAUAAACAACAAAAAACCAGGUUAGAAAUCAUCAUUUCAUAGUUGAUAUAGGUGGACCUAUACUUUUGAAACACAGAAAAUAGCCAAUUUUCAAUUUUUCUCGAAUAUAAAAUCAAAAACAUGUCCAAGUAGGAUACAAUUUGGUAAACAUGCCUAAUUUUACGUACUUUUUUCGAAAAAUAAAGGGCUACAACUUGAAAAUUAUUUUUACGAUCAUUUUGAGACAUUUCAGGGGUGGACCUAUACUUGUGAAACGCACUGUAGGCCUACUUAGGCUCAAAAAACGUGGAUUUUUUGCAGGCCUGCGCAGCUCCACCCUGCCCCGAGCCACAACCGCUUCUAGCGCCAUGCGCAACACCACCAUGUAUUGUGGUGGAGGCUGCGCCUCCACCAAUGGUAUAUGAGCCAGUGCCAGCUCCGGCUCCGGCUCCAGUUUACGAGGCUCCGAUAGCUUGCGCAGCUCCACCAUGCCCAGCCUAUGCUCCACCGGCUCCAAUUCCAGCAGCCCCUCUUCCAUCUCCUCCAGCUUACGGUAAGCACUCGCUCCGCUCGAGGCCGCUUACGCGGAAGAUUCCGGGGCGCUGACGCGCAAGAUUGCGGAAAGCCAACGAUAUACUUUCAGCUUGCGCGGCUCCACCUUGCCCAACCUACGCUCCACCUCCACCAGCUCCAAUCCAACAAAUUCCAGUAUACGGUGAGUUCCGAUGGUUAGAGACGCAGAGGGGCUAGACAGCUAGAGGAUGGUUAGAGACGCAGGGGGAAAUACACUCGCUCCGCUCGAGCCGCUGCGCGGAAGAUACCUGCCGCUUCGCGGAAGCUUCCGGAAAACUCAUAUUUUCAGCCUGUGAAGUUCCGCCAUGCCCAGCUUAUGCUCCAGCUCCACCAGCUCCAAUUCCACAGCCAGUUCAACAAAUCCCAGUAUACGGUAAGAGUGUAGAGAAGCUAGACAGCUAGAGGAGGUUAGAGACGCAGAGGGAUAUAUAUGCCGCUGCGCGGAAGAUUCCGGACCGCUUUGCGGAAGCUUGCGGCAGACAGCUAGAGAGCAUAGGGAUGUUAGAGACGCAGAGGGCCUAGACAGCUAGAGAGUCGAGCGGAGCAAUUGUAUGUCCCUCUGCGUCUCUAACAUCUCUAUGCUCUCUAGCUGUCUAACCUGCUUGCGACAGACACCUAGAGAUCAAUGCUAUGUUAGAGACGCAGAGAUGCUAUACAGCUAGAAGCAAUACCCAGAUGGUUAGAGACGCAGAGGGAAAUACACUCGCUUCGCUCGAGCCGCUUGCGCGGAAGUUUGCAGCAGACAACUAGAGAUUAGAUGUUAGAGACGCAGAGGCUAGACAGCUAGAGAAAAUGAAGAUGGUUAGAGACGCAGAGGAACCUAUUUUCAGCCUGCGCAGCUCCACCGUGUCCAGCAUAUGCUCCAGCUCCACUUCCAGCCCCAAGAAUUCCAGUAUACGGUAAGUUCCGCGUACGCGGAAGCUUGCGGAAAAAAAUUCAAAAACAAAAAUUUUCCAGCUUGCGCAGCUCCACCAUGCCCAGCCUACGCUCAACCGGCUCCAACUCCAGUCUACUGUAGGUUUCCGCGCGCGCGGAAGCUUGCGGAAAAAUCCACAUAUUUUUACAGCUCCUCAACCAAUCUACACGGCGCCAGUCGCUGCUCCAACCUACCAACCAUACGCCUGCGCAGCUCCGCCAUGCCCUUCCGCAACCUACCAGCCUUACGGACCUUCCGCGCCGCAACCUUCCGCCUCUCCGUUUUACGCGCCCUAUCCGACACUCCAACGCUUCCGCACCGCCUAUUAUGGUUUUGGAGCGAAUAAGAAAGUGGGAGGCGCGAAAAAUUGAAAAUUCAAAUUUUUUCUCGAUUGUCUGUAUAUUUUUUGAUAAUAAAAUAUUUUAUCGGCCUGAAAUAGCCUGGUUUAUGGGCCUAGAAAGCCUAGAUUUUAGGCCUGAAAAAGCCUAGAUUAUAGGCUUGAAAAUGAGCCUAAACAAGCCUGAAAAAUUAAAAUGUCAUUCUCCACGUGAAAAUUUCGCAAAAUUCUUCAUUUCUUAUGAAAAAUGACACAAAAUGAUGAGGUUUGUUGAUUCUAGGCUUAAAAUUAGGCUUUCCAGGCCGAUUUCAGGCCUAAAUCCGGGCUUUAGGCCUCUUCUAGGCCUAAAUUUGCAGAACGGCAUCUAUUACACCAUCGAAUUCUUCCUAGUCUUAUCCAUAAUUUUUCUGGCCUGGUCGGUUCCCACCGCAUUUUAUUGGUAUACGAUUUUGCGAGCCUCGAAUCCAUCGGCAACUUCGGAAGAUCACGAAGAUCAGCAGCCGGUGCAGACGAUUACUGUGAUGAGAAAACGAGAAUGA